GGAAAAGACCUAUUAACAAGAGCAAAAUGGGAGAAAAGAGAAGAGGUAAUGGUAACCAGAGAGGCGGUGCUAAGAAGUACAAGUUGAACCCUGGGAUCAUUGACCCACAAACUUCUGGUGUAUACGCAACGUGCAAUCGUCGUAAGGAGAAGUCAUGUGCUAAUGAGAUGAAGAUGCUGAUUCAAGAAACUGCAGAGAAGCUUUAUGGCGAUGCACUUGUGGGGGACGUUGAUGAUGAAGAUGAUACUGAUGAAAACUUGAGCAUUGAGGAGUCAUUGAAGAGAGAAUUGUCUAGUCUGCAGAAGAAGGAUACAACGAAGAAAGAGCCGAUUCAGAACAUCGAUCUUGGAUGUGAAUGUGUUGUGUUCUUCAAGACGAGACCUCCGAUUCGUCCUGAAGAGCUGGUUGAGCAAAUCUGUAAAGAUGCAUUCGACUCAAAGUCAAAGAGCACGAGAUUUACGCAGAAGUUGACACCUAUUACAUUCAGUUGUAGUGCUUCAAUGGAGGAAGUUGAGAAAUUGGCAAAGAAAGUCCUUGCACCACAUUUCCAUAAGAGUGAAGGUCAAGAGCCUCACACCUUUGCAAUCAAGGUGAGUGCAAGAAACUUUAACACUUUGGAGAAGCCAGAUAUUUUACAGAAAGUUGCCAGUUGUGUUGGACAUGAGCAUGGACAUAAGGUUGAUUUAAAAAAACUAUGAAAAGUUGAUCUUGGUGGAAUGUUUCAAGAACAAUAUCGGUAUGAGUGUUGUUGACAACUAUGACA